GGAGAGGAUCAGAGGAGGCGAGGGGAGGGAGGGAGAGGUCGAGAGGAGAAGAAGCAACCAAACCAAGAACAAGAGAAGGUAAGAAGGCGAGUUAGGCUACCGGAGAGGAGGAGAGCCGGCGCACCAUGGAUCAACAGCAGCACCAGGAGCGGCCGUGGGAGGUGUACCGGGAGUGCAUGCGCAACCACGCGGCGAAGCUCGGGACAUACGCCUCCGACGGAUGCUGCGAGUACACCCCCGACGACGGCCAGCCCGCAGCGAUGCUCUGCGCCGCCUGCGGCUGCCACCGCAACUUCCACCGGAAGGCGUUCCUCGCCGACGCUGCGGCGGGAGCGCACGGCGGCGCGCACGGGGCAAUGCUGCCCUCUCCCGGCGCGUCCCCGGGCUACGGCAUGCACCACAUGGCGAUUGCUGCGGCCGGCAUGGGCGGUGACGCCGGCGCGCACGGCUCCGGGUCCGGGGGCAGGCGCCGGACGCGGACCAAGUUCACGGACGAGCAGAAGGAGCGCAUGGCGCGGUUGGCGGAGCGGCUCGGCUGGCGGAUGCCCAAGCGGGAGCCCGGCCGCGCGCUGGGGGACGACGAGGUGGGCCGCUUCUGCCGGGAGAUCGGGGUCACCAGGCAGGUCUUCAAGGUAUGGAUGCACAACCACAAGUCCGGUGGUGGCGGCAGCCAGGGCGAGGGCGCCAGCGCUGGCGCUGCCGGAGCCGCUCAGACGACGUCGUCGUCCACGACGCGUGGCGGCGGCGGCGGCGGCGUUGUUGGAGGAGGCGGGAGCAUGUCCACGGCGAUGAUGGGCGCCGACGUCGAGGACGACGAGGAGGUGAGGGGCAGCGAGAUGUGCAUGUAGGCUGUAGCCGCGCCCCGCGUUACGUACGUGGCAUGCGCGGCGGCAAUGGCACGGCACGGCAUUGCCUCGCCCUUGGCUGCGAUCGAGGAUUAACAUCUCCUUUUGCUGCUAAUUCCUUUGGGUCCUUUUGCUUCGAUGUGUUGAUGAUUGAUUGUUUAUGAUGAGAUAUUCAUUGUUAUCACGGCUAUGCUAAUUAAUGCUGUGUCAGUGUCA